AUGAAGUACUUUCUUCUGCCAACUCAUUUAGCAUUUCUCUAUAGCUUUGCACUAAGUAAACCUGUCCAGAUAGCUACAAGAAACAAUGACUUAGGUAGUGAAAUAGCUGUGUACGAAGGAGACAUCCUCUUGAGAAGAGGACGACGCAGUGCAAUUAACUGUGAGAGUUGUUUAUGGCCCAAGUCACAAGAUGGACUGGUUAAGGUUCCAAUUAACAUCUCUUCUGAUUUCUCAGUGACAGAGAGGUCUUGGAUUGAUGAUGCUCUGCGAGAGAUCUCCACGCUGACCUGUGUGCAGUUUGUAAAUCGCACUACAGAAACAGACUACGUGUAUGUUGAACGUGGGCAGAGCUGCUGGUCUUACUUUGGAAAAAUUGGAGGACGUCAAGCAGUAGGCCUGGUGAAAAAUGGUUGCAUGGAUAAAGGAGCAAUUCAGCAUGAAAUGAACCACGCACUGGGUUUCAUCCAUGAACAGGCACGGAGUGAUCGGGACAGGUUUGUCAAGAUUAUGUGGGAACAUAUUGUGGCAGGGGAACGAGGGAACUUUGGAAAAAUGAAUUCCAAAAAUCUGGGCCUUCCCUAUGACUACUCUUCAGUGAUGCACUAUGGCGCGUAUGAUUUCUCCAGCACUCCAGGGAAGCCAACUAUUGUACCAGUUCCUGACCCCUCUAUACCCAUUGGGCAGAGAGAAGGGCUGAGUAACUUGGAUGUAGCAAAAAUCAACAAGCUCUACAAGUGCAAUCGCUGUAGCUCUGUAUUGCCUAAAUCCAAAGGCUCAUUCUCCUCUGUCAAUUACCCAUCCCCAUACCCGAACAAUAGCAACUGCCUGUGGUUGAUCCGCAUCCAUCGGAGUAAGAUUUUCCUGCAGUUUGAGGCUUUCGAUCUCCAAUCCUCCUCAGACUGUUCUUCUGACUAUAUAAAAAUUUACAACGGAAACAGCAAGAAUUCCCCUGUCCUGCUAGACAAAUACUGUGGGAAGGGGCCACUGCCCUCCCUAGUGGCAUCUGGAUCGACAGUGCUGGUAGAGUUUGCAAGUGAUGAGAGACUUACAGCUGCAGGAUUCAGAGCCUCCUACAACAGGGUGAAUUGCGGAGAUACUUUCACAGACUCAAAUGGAGUCAUCACCUCUCCAAACUACCCCAAUAAAUACCCCAAAAACCAAGCAUGCUUCUGGGUCAUCAUUUCUCCAGUUGGAUACAAGAUAUCUCUCAAAAUGUUAUCCUUUGAGCUGGAAGAUAGUGACAGAUGCAUCUAUGACUACUUGCUCAUACAUGAUGGAAGCCGACCUACAUCACCUGCAGUUGGCCCUUACUGUGGGAUAGAGAAGGUUGCAGACUUUACUUCCACUGGGAACUUUGUGCUGGUUGAAUUUCACAGUGAUAUCGUUUGGGAAUUGCCUGGAUUUGCAAUGAGUUAUACGUACGGUAGGUAG